CAUCGCUGAACUGCAGCACUAAUAACAGCAGGAAUCGGUACUCGCCACCAGACACCAGCGCGGUCGGUACUUUCAACCGCCCCUUGGCGCCCUCAGUACAUAAGCUGCGUCAAAGCAUCCGCGACCUCAACACCUUCCUCAGCUCCUCCACCACCGAACCUCCCUCCACUUCCUCACCCAGCGAGCCAAGCCCUUCGUUCAUUCAUCGGAAUCAAAUUUUCCAUCAUGGCUGUUCGCGCGCAAUUUGAGAACUCCAACGAGGUUGGAGUCUUCUCGACUCUCACAAAUUCAUAUGCCUUGGUGGCUCUCGGUGCCAGCGAGAACUUCUACAGUGUUUUCGAGGCUGAGCUCCAAGACAUGGUGCCUACGGUGCGGACAACUAUCGCUGGCACGCGCAUCAUCGGCCGCCUGACGGCCGGCAACCGCAAGGGCUUGCUGGUCCCCACGUCAACAACUGACCAGGAGCUGCAACACCUGCGCAAUUCGCUGCCCGACUCGGUGCGCAUCCAGCGCAUCGAGGAGCGCCUCUCGGCCCUGGGAAACGUCAUCGCCACCAAUGACCACAUCGCCCUCAUUCACCCCGAUCUCGAACGGGAGACUGAGGAGAUCAUCGCCGACGUGCUCGGCGUCGAGGUCUUCCGCCAAACCGUCGCCGACAACGUCCUCGUCGGCAGUUACAUGAGCUUGUCCAACCAGGGUGGCCUUGUGCACCCCAAGACGAGCAUUCAGGACCAGGACGAGCUGUCGAGCUUGCUCCAGGUGCCUCUCGUCGCUGGCAGCGUCAACCGCGGCAGCAACGUCGUCGGCGCCGGCAUGGUGGUCAAUGACUGGCUCGCCGUCACUGGGCUUGACACUACGGCCACGGAGCUGAGCGUCAUCGAGAGCGUCUUCCGGCUCGGCGAGGGUGCCGGGCCCAGCAACAUCAACACGAGCAUGAAGGACACCAUGGUCGAGAGCUUCUACUGAGAGAACGACGAUUCCCUCUCUCUUCCACUGGCUGGUUGCUUUUCGUGGGUUCACGGUUGAUUUACGCAUGGGGCCCGGUGUUGGGAACGGUCUUUUUUGACAACGAGUUUUGCGCCACAGCCUCGCCCGGCUCCGUCCGAUUCCUGCUUACCCAUUGUGGGAUGGUAGGAUGCACUUUAUGCUCACGAGAUAGAGCAUAGAGGAGGAUGCUGGCCCGGGAAAGAGAUCUGCACGUUUGGGAAUCCGGCCAUGGGCUAGGUGAACCCCGUGCGGCGCCCGCUAUUCUGCAUAGGCGGCGUUCGAAUGACAUGGCGGCUUGUUAGACGUCACUUCCUUGCCUAACAUUCUGGCUCCGGCAAGGGCUCGCAAAGAUUUGCUACCUCUUAUGUUGUAUUGCUACCAAUACCCUAGGAAAUCUUAUGAAACACGAGUGCCAGGCAUGGC